ACGGUUAUAACAUGGGUGGAUACCUAUCCAUGUAGGUUGGUCAUAGGAUUGGGGGUCAUCUGUUGGUUUGGAGGCCAUAUUAGGAACUUCAUAUGUUUUUAUUGAUCUACUAUACAUAUGAAGUUUUCAAACAAGUUCUUAAGUCGGUUUCCUUGCUACAUUUGACACGGUGUGUAAGCACGACUGUUAUGGAUUCUUCUUCUGUUCUUAUUUUGGUGUCGUGAAGUCUCACGGGAGGUUUCAAUAGAAUUUGAAUCUUCUUAAGAACAUUGCUGUUUACUGAAAGUUCAAAGUGACGUGAUAUUUGUCAUAUUGCUUCAUCGACUCACAACGCCGUCCUAUAUCUUCGACAUCUUGGGUCGCAUGUAAAUUGCGGAUGCUAAUUUGUUCUAUAAAAUUUAGUUGUCACACGAAGGAAAUAACUGCCCCGUUUAUUUAUACGAGGAUUCUUGUAGCUGCUUCGUUGUGGCGUGUGACUUUUCUUCGAUUUGGAGACACGCCAUAAUGGCCACAGCUGCCUUCUACCUAAUCGCUAUUUAAUUUCAGUCUGGCUGUAAGGGGCCACUUAUGUGACGGUAUAUUUACGCGAUCCCACUCGCAAGAUGGGCCGAGAGGCAAAUUAUGCCAAUCUCUACAACGGUGGCUUUGCAACGUUUCCGACACAGCCUUCUGACAAGGAUCCAAAUGCUGAUCAUCAUGUUCGUACUGAUUUUGUAAGGACAGACCCUGUCAGGAAUGGAGAUGUCCGUGCUAAUGCAACUGCUGCGGACUAUCCUCCCAUCUCUACUGCAGCCUAUGGUACAACUGCCAACUUUACCAACAAUGCUGCACCUAUAAAACCUGUGAUCGUCGGAAGUGACACUUAUGGUAGGGUGGACAUAUUCGAUGACUGUGUGACAUUUACUCGUGACUUCUCAAGCACUACACUUGGCCGUCCGGAGUUGCAGAAGUUUGACCGCAACCCUUAUAGGAGCCGAUAUCUGAACACACCGGAGUGUGAGAACCUGGUUACGAAGCAUUGUCAGCGCAUAUUGCAUUCAUAUUAUGGCCGUGCGGAGUCAUUAUGUACCGCUUCUGUUGAAGGCGCUUCUAGACAGAUUACUUUCAACGACCUCACGGCAUCGGGUUUAACAUCAACAGACCACCUGGCAUCCAUCGCAACACUGUCGGUCUUAGGUCGUUACCAUAGUAUUGGGUAUCUGUCGCCACAGGUGGGCGGUGUCAGGAAUAAUACUGCGAGCAUUUACAGUCACGUGGCGAAUGUAAUUCGUGUGAUCUUUGCUGCAUCAGCAGCGGGACCAACGUCGGCUGAUAUUAGCGAUGCGGACACGGCUCGACGAUUCUACUCGUUGCUAUCCAGGGGUGUAUGGCGCCCAAAUGGAGACCCUUCGGAUCCACUCGCACAUAUCGAUCGCCGUGUAGCUCAGCGUGUAUCGCUUUUGUACGCAUUGUGUCUUCAUCUACUGGAUGUGUUGCUUCUCAAUGACCCCAACUGCAACCAAGAUAUUUUGGGUUAUGAAUCUGAAGCUUAUGACUUUCUAGUAUGUUCAACAUGUUGUUUCGUCGAACAUGCGGUUGGCAACAAUGACCGCACUAUAUGCUCACCAGCCACCAAGGAACCGCUCGAUGAUAAGAUGUCACCUAAAAUCGGUGAUUGCUAUUCACUAUUCACAAAGCACUGGAGCGUUUUGAGUGGCCUACUUUCACGAGGAGUAAAGUUCGGCAACUGCGAAUUACUGUUUAGGGCGAUCAAGGCGCUAUCUAAUUUUCUGGAAAAUACCCAUUCCGGUCGUUAUAUGUUAAUGUGGGUAUAUUGUGUUUAUUUACGUUUAAACCCUUCUGAUGUAUGUCGUGGCAACCACACAAUUCCACGGGUUCUAUUUGAACUUAUGACGAAGGUGAAAUGUGUACUUCAACUACAGGCUUUAACCCGGGCCGUAGAUAUUUGUAUGCGUGAUGCAAGUUUUAUGAAAUAUGCCGACGAACGGAUGAACCCACAGAAGACGUUCGCCAUUUUUGUUCUACAUACCUGCAAUCUUAUUCACAACAAGAUGGACGACCUUGCUGUCCCUAUUUUGCAGGUGCUAUACCAAUUGUUUGAUACGUGCCCUAAGACACUUCCCGAUAUUGCUAGUGCCAUGUCCGGCGCCACUGGGACGGUGGAUCGCUACAGCCACACUGUUAAUACUGCUGUGGAGACGUUCCUAAACGUUGCUACGUUGAGCAUUGGCCCUAUCCAGGUGAUUAUGGCGCUGAUAAUGCGUCGAAUAUUAUUGCGUUCUGAUAUUAUCAAGACUCUAACCGAGGAAAUGCGUAUUAAAUUUGUACGUCAUCUGCUUGGUGUGAUUGGUUUAAAAAGAUCUGUAGGAGCCAGCGAGACUGACGCUACAGGUGUAGUGAGUAAGGUAGCUUUGCUUGAUGCUUUUGUACAGUCAGGAGCGAUGCCUGAUAUGGUAUCCGCCAUGAGGAAUGCGAAUGCAAAGCAGCUACGUAUACUAUCUCUGCACACAAAGAACGUAUCUUGCGAGUCAUUGCAUAGGCUGUUGUGCGUUGGAGACAUUGCUACUAGGUUGGUUGCGUACGACGCUCUUGUAGGAUACCGUUCUGAUGGUAUGGAUUCCGGAACUUUUGUUAUGUGUGCUUUGUGUAGUGCAUCGAGAACAUGCCGAGGUGUAGAUGCCAUUUUGAACGACUACGUAUCGACUUAUUCUGGGCUCAGUGAAUGUCGUGAUUCGGCCGGUUUGGUGACUGAGGCUAAGUUUUUAAGAGCGUUAUCGGAUGAUUCAAUAGCUAGUCCCACUACGGACAUGAGAGUGGCUGCUCUUUUGUGCGUCCAUGCUACAAUAGCCAGUGUAUACAUGUCUAGUGAUGCCAGCAGGCAAAGCUUAAUCCAGGAGGUAUUAUCACCUAAAAAUGCACUUAGUUACAAGCAUCACCAGGCUGUUUUGGCGCGAUAUAAAGCCAAAUUGGAGUCACAACGCCGCGAGGUAAUUAAAAACAACGCCAGAGUAGAUGCACAGGUCCGUGAACUCCAGCAACAUAAGGCCAAUGCGACUAAACAAAUGGAACAAUUGCGAGAGGAGUACACGAUGAAGGUGGAACGCACAAAGAAUGAGCUUGUGAAUGCUCAAAGCCAGUUGAGUUCAGCCAAUGCUCAAGCUCAACAACUCGAUCGUGAGUGUGCCAGGCUUCGCACGCAGGUUGAUGAACUUGAUCAAGCGCUGCGCAAACUGUCAGCUGAAUCAGCACAGACUAACGAGCAUCUGAGAGAUGCAGUGUCACACCGUGAUCGUUUGAAAUUGGAGCUAUCUGGCUUACAGGGCCAGCUAGAGCAACGUGACAGAACAAUAGGCCAAUUAAGAAAUGUAGAGGCUGACAACGCAAGAAUGAACCAGGAUAUAAACGAAUUGAAUGCGAUGGUUGAACGUGUUUACCGUAUGUUAAUUACAUUAAUGGCAAAGCACCGUAACUUGGAGAGUGACCUUGAGCGCAGCAGGGAAGAAACGGCUCAGACGGCACGUCAGUUACAUGAUCGUCAAACUCAAGUGGAAGAUUUAUCAAAUCGCUGUCGUAGCCACGAAAACACAAUAAACACGUUACGUGUUGCAAAAGAUGGUGCGGAAAGUGAGGUACAACGCUUGGGUCGCGAAAUCCAAAUCAUGGAGGGGCGUAUUGGCAAGUCCAGCGAGGAGUUACACCAGCUACAAACUCGUUACUCGCAGGUAUCGCAGAAGUUACAGGUUACCGAAGAGCACAACAACCGAUUAAAUGAGCAGUUAGAACGCUGUGAGUCACAACUGCGGCUACGUAGUGAGCAGCUGUCUGCCAUUUACUCCACCUUUCAGGACAGAAAGCCAUACUGAUGUACAUUAUUAAACGUUAAUAUGGUUUUUAAUUUACUAGGAAAAUGUAUAAACAAUAUGUUUACAGGGCCAUGUUUUGCGCUUUGGCAUAUUGGUCCAGGCACUCUGUAUUU